CGAUCAAAGCAGGCUUCGAACAUUCGGAAAAUAGGAUCAUGGCUUCGAUGGUGAUUUUCGCGUUUCUCCUUCUGUUCGUCUCCGUUGCCCUCGCAUUCCCCCCCAAUUCCCAUAAAAGUACAUCUCCGGAAGAAAGAAGACGCAGAGAUGAUUUGGCCGACGAGGUGAUGCACUCGAAAUUACCCCAUAAAGGAAAGAGUUACUCGAUUAAACGUACUUGGGAAGCAUUUAAGGAGACCGAAGAGGAGAAAGAAACCGCGCACUGGUUGAAUAGUGCUCAAGCAAUUGUAAAGGAGCAUUUGUCGUGGCGUCAAAACACGAAGAUUGCGAAGAAUGUAAUUCUUUUUAUCGGCGAUGGCAUGUCGAUCCCUACGUUAACGGCCGCGAGGACUUAUCAAGGCCAGCUAGAGGGACGCAACGAGGGCUCCCUCUUCUGGGAGAAAUUUUCCUAUACCGGGUUGGUUAAGACAUACUGCGUGGAUUCCAUAAUCGCGGACUCGGCCUGCAGCGCCACUGCGUAUCUGUGUGGCGUCAAGAGUAACUACGGGACCAUCGGUGUAAACGCAAAAGUGCCGCGCGGCGACUGCGCAGGUCAGCUGGACAAGCGGAACCACGUGACCUCCAUUAGCCAAUGGGCGCAGACGGCAGGCAAGGCCACGGGUAUAGUAACAACUACUAGAGUGACUCACGCUUCUCCGGCUGGGACUUUCGCUCGUGUCGCGAAUCGCGACUGGGAGAGCGACUUCAAGGGCCCGCUUCCAAAUUGUGUUAACCGGAGUUUAACGGUCGUCGAGGAGAACCAGGACCCGCGCAAAUGCAUCGACAUCGCGACACAGCUCGUCAAGGAAUCCCCGGGAAAGGAUUUCAAGGUGAUUUUGGGAGGAGGACGCCGUGAGUUCCUUCCGGCCACCACCGUCGACGAUGAGGGCGCUGCUGGUAGAAGGUUGGACGGGGUGAACCUUAUAAAGGCCUGGCGUCAGGACAAAGUCGCUCGCAACGCUACUUACGAGUACGUUUGGAACCGGGAAUCCCUGAGGAAGGUGACUGACGAUCCUGGAAAAGUCGACUACUUGUUGGGGUUGUUCGAGUCAAGUCACUGCUCUUAUUACGAAGAUGCGGCUCCUAGCGACCCCACCCUGGCGGAAAUGACCGAGGCCGCCAUUAAGAUUCUCCAGCAGGAUUCCAAAGGCUACUUUCUUUUCGUAGAAGGUGGACGGAUCGAUCACGCACAUCACGACACUUACGCCAAUUUAGCCCUUUCGGAGACCGUGGAAUUGUCGAAAGCAGUCGAAUUGGCUCGCAAACUCACCUCGGAAGAAGACACCCUGAUCGUUGUGACCGCCGAUCACGCUCAUACCAUGAGCAUUUCCGGGUACCCGGAUAGAGGAAAUGAUAUCCUGGGAAUUGCCGAAGACAGCGAUGUUGAUGACCUGCCUUACGCCGUCCUCAACUAUGCGAACGGUCCCGGUUAUAAACCUGCCGGACAAAAUGGCUCCAGAUACAAUAUAACAAACGACGAUCUAGGUGGUAUUUAUUAUCAAUACCCGAGCCUGGCCCCGCGUUCCUCGGAGACUCAUGGCGGCGACGAUGUGGCCGUCUUCGCGAGCGGACCCUGGUCCCAUCUUUUCACCGGUACGAUGGAGCAACAUGGGAUCCCUCAUCUCAUGGCUUAUGCAGCCUGCAUGGGUCAAGGGCUCACGGCGUGCAAGCGUGGAAGUUGAGUUCCUCCCACGAGUUGAGAUGCGAAGUGAUUUUUUGUCUUAUUAUUACAUACGUUACACUACGGUAAUCAGAUGUUUUUUAUCUCCAAAUACCAAGAUAUCGAGUCCGAGAAUCAAUUAUUUUUGUUAAUUCCAUACCCGGGUACCGUUGCCGAAAGCUAUGAACGCGUCCCGAGUUAGUAUAGAAUCCGUGUAUCCGUGUAUGUAACCGACGGACGUGUUGAAUAAACUGUUUAAAGACUAACUUCUAA